AUGUCCGACUCCAAACCAACAGACGAUCACCGCAAGACCUUGAAAGAGGGCAGUCCAGAAGAAAGAGUCAAAGCCUGGUUACAGCUUUCGCAAAAUGAUGACGGUCAUUCUAAGCAAGGAGAUUGGAUGAAUACCCUCAUUCCUCAUCUCCAGCUCGUGUCCACCAAUGCUGAAGGACCUCACCCAUCAUGUGUAUUCUCAUAUACAGUUCAGCCCGAUAAUUGCAACAGGCUACAAAACCUGCACGGAGGUUGCGCAGCCACACUCUUUGACUGGUGUACGACAUUACCCCUUGCCUUGGUGAACAAACCCGGCUUCUGGCAGUAUAUGGGCGUGAGCAGGACACUUAACAUUACAUACAUGCGACCUGUGCCCGUUGGAACCGAGGUAUUGAUCGAGUGUUCGAUCACUCAAGUCGGCAAGAAAUUGGCCUCUCUGCACGGAAGUAUGAGAAGGAGAUCAGAUAAUCUUCUCCUAGCUACAGCUGAGCAUGGAAAAGUAAACAUAGAUGACGAUCUUAAGGCUAGGAUGUAG